AUGUCUAGUGAAGCUCCCGUGGACUACAAACAGCAUAUAGUGAAAUGGAUAGAAGAGGAUGCAAUUCAAGCAACCAAACGUGGGUCGAAAAUGGCUGUUUUGUACAAUAAGAUUUUGGGUCAGGUGCGAAGGUUUCAAGAACCAAUUUCAGAUACACGUACAUUGAAACUGAUUAAAUAUGUGGGUGUGAAAACGGCUGAAUCAUUGCGCAACAGAAUUAUACAACUAUGUAAUGACAAUGGUUGGGAACCUCCACGGGGAUUUUUGGAUGAGGUUGAAUCCCAUCGGAAAGCCUUGCAGAAUGUAGAUCUGGUAGCAGAGUCAAUGGUUCAGGAUCAGGGGCAGGGGCCAGCAAAGAAGAAGGCGAGAAACACGGCAAACUAUGUACCUAAACAUAGGUCAGGAGCAUUUGCUAUAUUAAUAACUUUGUAUCUUAAAGAUCGGGACGGCCAUGGGAUGACCAGAGACCAAAUCACGGCAGUGGCCUCUUUGUAUUGUGAUAAGACAUUUGCAGUUUCGAGUACGGCCUUCCAUUCUGCUUGGGACUCGAUCAAAACACUAUUGAAAAAGGAAUUGGUGUAUCUGACGGGAAGGUCUCCCAAAUAUUACUUCUUGACCGAUGAGGGUUUUGUAUUGGCCAAGCAAUUGAAAGGAGCAGUGGAUCUUGACUCGUCUCCAGCUCAAUCACAAACAAUAGCUAAUACUUCAUAUGACAACGGAGUGAGACUAGAUUCAACUUUUGAAAAUUCAUCCCCAACUUCAUAUAAAAAUCUCAAUCUCGACAUUGACAUAUCCUCCAACCCUACUGCUGGUGGUGCUUCUUCUCUUCAAAGACCGCACAACCCAGCUCAUAACAACCGGUUGAUUUUGGAGACUUUAUCCAAAAAAGCAGUGCACGAUGCCACCAACAGAAACUAUGAUGGCACGCGAUACGAAAUAUGGACAGAAGAAGAGUAUGAAGUUGUGCUCUAUAUUGAUAAUAGGGAAAUCAGAUCUAAGCAAGAGCGUGAUUUUUUCCAAAGAAAAUUGGAAACUGCUGGUGUAAAAUGCGAAGCAAAAUCUUUAUCUUGUGGAGAUGCGCUUUGGGUUGCGAGAAAUUUGCGUAGUGGGAGGGAGGCAAUACUCAAUUAUCUUUGUGAGAGAAAGCGUAUUGAUGAUUUGUGUGAUUCAAUCAAGGAUGGUAGAUUUCAGGAGCAAAAAAACAGGAUGAAAAAGUCCGGUAUAAGUCAUUGCUUUUACCUUGUUGAAGAUUCUGCAAACGUUAGGGAUCAAGUUUUCUCUAUUAUCGAUGCAAUACAAACAGGAAUCGCCCAAACCAUGACCAAUGCAAAUAUAUAUGUAAGACGGUUCAAAAAUAUUGACGAGACUACCGAUUUUCUAGCGUCAUUAACAAAAACCAUUGAAGAGCGAACUUCGAACACUAAUUUAAUUAUAUUGAAACCUAGAGAUAUUCCAAAUCAAGCGCAAUAUAAUCAAUUGUUGACUACUUUCAGAGAGAAAUUCGAACAAAGGCCAAAAAAUGAAUGUUGUCACUUAUUUUCUAGCUUUCAAGAUAUGAUGGGUAAGACAACCCAAAUGACUGUUAAGGAACUUUUUGUUUUGAUGCUAAUGACGAUUAAAGGUUGUUCUCUAGAGAAAGCUAUUGUCAUACAAAAUCGAUUCCCUACUCCAAAAAAGUUGAUCGAAUAUUACCAGAUACAACAUGGCCAUGCCUCUGUAGAAUGUAAGAAGAAACUACUCGCUGAGGAAUUCAAGAGUCAAGUUGGUAACAAAAAGGUGGGAAAGGUUCUUCUGGAGAAGGUUUAUGACAUUUGGGGCUCGUAG